ACAAGAGAAGACCGCAAUAUUCUGCUUCUCCAGCACGGUCUCGCACGCUUUCCAAGCCACAGCUACAUGUGCUUCUCGGACACGCCUGGAAGUGAUGCGAUCGAUUAGGUACUUAUCUAGGAACCUUAUCGGGAUCGAACCACCAACAGAAGAUUCGCCGAAGACAAUCAACCGUGAACAAUGCUCGCAAAAUAAAGGCGAUCAAAUAAUCUUGCGCCGAAUCGGUCACGAGACAGGGCGACUAUCGAUCUCAUCAAGCUUAAAACAACUGCUUACAAUGGCCAUCCAUGUCUUUCAUGCUGUCGACCUCUACACGAAGCUUCACUUCGUAUGUAACACCACUUGUGGAAGCUCAUUCGAGCGCUGUACGUUCUCAAGAAAUCUCCACUACUCUGGUACAAAGAGCUUAGCCAAACCCUUACUGAAGUCGGACUGUGCGAAGUCAAAGAUGCACCAUGCAUGUAGAAGAAGGAUAAGCUUCUCGUCUUCUUCUACGUUAACCUGUUUUAUCAGUGAGCGCCCCACCUCAGUGAGCGCCCCACGAACACCAGCGAGGCGUACGCGCAGCGACGUAGCUUAGCACCACAACACAAAUUUUGUACUCU